AUGACACCUAUUUUUCUUGAACAAUUAUUCUUUCUUUCUUUCUUUUCUUUCUUUUUUUCAAAUAUUCAUUAUUUCGUUUCCUUUCUUUCUUUUUUCCUUCGUUCUUUUUGUCACCUGUUCUUAAUUCUUUUCUUUCUUUUAUUAUUCUUUUUUUCUGCUUUCUUUUCUUUCUUUCUUUUCACUAUUUUUUUCAUGAUCACCUUUUUUUUCUUGCCACUUAUUCUUCUUUCUUUCUUUCUUUCUUUCUUUAAAUUUUUCUUUCCCAAAUUGAAUUUAGGAUUCCAUUCUUUCAGUUCAUACUUUCUUUCUUUUCUUUCUUUCUAUUUCUUUCUUUCUUUUUUUAUAUUUCACUUCUUUCUUUCUUUCCUUCCCUCUUUUUCUGUCACCUGUUCUUAUUUCUUUUCUUUCUUUCUUUCUUUCUUUACUUUUCUUUCUUUUCUUUUCUUUGAUUCAACUUUCUUUAUUUUAUUCUUUUCUUUUCUAACCGCAUUCUUUCUUUCAUUCUUUUCUUUUUUCUUUCUUUCUUUCUUUCUUUUUUUUCUUUCCUACAUUUAUUCAUUCUUUUCAUUCCUUCUUUGUCAUUCCUUCGACCUUUUUUUCUGUCCCUGUAUCCAAUUUUCUUUUUCUUUUUCUUUUCUUAGAUUCUUUCGUUCUUUCUUUCUUUCUUUCUUUCUUUCUGAAGGAAACUUUCUGGCAUCCCCUUCUUUCCCAUCUUUCUUUUCCUAUUUUUUUUUGAGCCAGUAA